AUGACUUGGGACUCGCCCUUGAGGUCUUCCGCUGUCAACAGAUAUAUCUUUGGCCGAAUUCCUCUCCUGCAUACUCUUAUCCUCCUUAUCGAAAUGGCGCUGGCCGCCCGAUUGACGGCGAGGUUCAAUGCCUCGUACGAGGAGCGACCACUCAUCACCAUGAUGGUGACCAACGCCCUCCUCGGUGGCAUCGCCGAUACUGUCGCUCAGGUCAUCACGGCUUUUCGCCACCGCGUCGUCCGCAAGCCCGGCGGCGGCAAGGACGAAACCGUCACCGUCGAAAUCCACGAACUCGGCCGCAAGAGCCCCUAUUACGAGAAGGACUCGCUCGGUAGCUUCGGCCCCAACACCGGCAUGCCGCCGGCGUUCGACUUUGAGCGUCUGACCCGCUUCAUGGGCUACGGCUUCUGCGUCGCGCCUAUCCAGUUCCGCUGGUUCAAGCUGCUCGAGCGCCUCUUCCCCAUGUCCAAGACGAGCUCCUUUGGCCCAGCCCUGAAGCGCGUGGCCUUUGACCAGAUUGUUUUCGCGCCCUUUGGUGUGGCUCUCUUCUUUAGCGCCAUGACAGUGGCGGAAGGUGGUGGCCGCCGUGCCAUCAGCAACAAGCUUCGCGACAUGUAUGUGCCGACACUCAAGGCCAACUAUGUCGUGUGGCCGGCUGUGCAGCUCGUCAACUUUCGUCUGAUGCCUGUGCAGUACCAGCUGCCAUUUGUCUCGACUGUCGGUAUUGCCUGGACUGCAUACCUGUCUCUCAACAACAGCAGCGAAUUCAAGUUUACAGGUGCGGUCGAGAAUCGCAAGACAUUACAGGGUAAGACGACUAUAAUGGAGGCUUAG